AUGCAGCACGACGGCCUCAUCCCGCGCCAGCUCCAGGUGGGCCUUGACGUCUUUCGCGACUUUCUUGGGGCUAAACCGCAUUUGCAAGAUGGCGUCGUCGAUGUUCUUGCCCGCGAUCUGCCGCGCAACCAUCAUCAGCUUCUUGACGCUGGUUUUGAAGAAGUGACUCUUGCUGAGCGACUCGCGCUCCGUGCGAGCGAUCUCCUCACGCCGUGUCAGGCGGCCCCGUCGCCGGAUCGAGCGUAUCACCAUCUUUCGCUCCCAGCGGGCACGGCGGUUGGGGAAGGGCACAAGGGCACGGAGGAGGUUGUCUUGGUCCCGCUCGUGGAGGGGUACUUUGACUUUGGAAUUGGCGGUGGAGGCGGAGUCGGCUUCGCUUGUGGCAUUUGUGGUGGCAUCUGUGUCUGCGGCUGUGUCCCUGGAUGUGAGCCGCUGGGGUUUGCGGCUGUCUGUGCUCGAGUACGGGCUGGGCAUUAUUCCAUCGUCUUCGUCGAAGAUGGAACCCGGGGCAAGGGAGCCGUGGGUUAUUUUUGGGGCGGCGGGUUGGGAAACUUUAAGAUUCGGGCAAUGAUACUUAAUCUGCGCAAUUCAAGCAAUGGAUGGAAGCUGGAAUUGGAUGAGUUCCAAGCUCACCUGCACGGGGCCAACUGCUGGGGAAUAAGGGAAACACAUACAGCGGCCAUCUUCGCCAGCUGCAGCUCUCAAUAG